AUGGCCUCCAAAGAGGUCUUCGCGGGGGUCAUAGAUCACUAUAUGAGUGAGGGGCGUGGGCAUACCCGUUCGCCCUUGUCGCUGGUGCCCCGCGAGAACAUGGAAGCCUUCUACCUGCCCCUGAGCUGCUUUGACUACUCCACAGACGGCAAGAACGACUUCCCACACCAGAGCCAGCUCCGUGCGCAUUUCUUGUCCUUCAUCAGCCAGGGCAAUGACAGCAGGGAGCCCGUGGCUGUGAGGUUCGAAGCAGUGGAAACCGGAGGGAAUCGACAGAUCCACCCCCAUGGCUUUAACGUUCGCUUCGUGGACGGCCAGUGCAAAGUCCUGAUCAUGCAACUGGCGGUGUGCAUCGCGCACAAGCUGGGCUUGGAGAAGGACGUGCUCAGGACAUUGCCGUCCUUUGCUAUGGUUCUCUGCUCGCACACCAAGCACGCAUCCCUGGCAGCCUACCACUACGUGAACAAGCGGCAACCCACGCCGCUGGCGGCUCGUUCCGCCCAGAACUUCGAGAGUUCAAGACAGAAGAAGAUCGAGAGGGUGACAGCAGAGGGAAAAGACACAAACCAGGGGGCAGCUAACCUGACAGGCUUGGGCGCCCGGACAGCGGAGAAGCAAGCUCCUUCGGCGUUGCAGUACAUGGCCGAAAUUGAGCAGGCGAUGAAGUGCGAAAAGGCGCUGAGCACCAGGAAAGUCACGACCCGCGAACUCCUCUCGAAGUGUAUCGCGGACUACAACAAGUUGAUCACGGUGAAAAAAUGGAGAAUCGACUCCGGCAAGCGGAAGCUCAUCUCCAAUUUGAUGGAUGUUGGCCCCUCCUUCCGUGCGAUCCUCAGCAGGCACUACGACUUUUACCCGCACUCCUCCUCAGGCUACAAAGAGCGCGGCACCGUUACCGGGGCCUUGACGAAAGGCCAUAACGCAGGAAGACCGAGUCUGGCAUACACCAGUGUGCACACCUUCUUCAAGCAUCUGUAUCAUUCGGUGGCCGAAUUCAACCCGGUCUGUGAAGAGCUCCUGGAGCACCUGGGUAUGCAGUGGCGAUGCAGGCAGCGCUACUGGGAAGCCCGGGCCGACCUCCCAAAGGAGGUGUAUUUGAGCGGGUCCGCCGGAGACGCCAGACAAUUCUUCGUGGACGUGGGAAUGCCUGGGGACAAUACUGUCCGCGAGCUAAAGAACCAGCAAAGUGCUCUUUGUUCAGCGAUGCUGCUGUCUGCAGGAUGCUUUCGCCAGGUUGGUGUGCACCACCUGCCCAUUGGGCACACUCACGAAGAUGUUGGUCGCUGUGCUGCAAUAAGACGUUUUGGGUGA